UUGAAAUAGUUUCUGUCAGAAAAUGUGUGACCACCAUGUGAUUGUAUGUGAUACCAUGAGCAGUGAGAAGAAAAAAAAUACAAUGCGCGGUUUUUAAAUCAAUUUGAUAUUGAAAUAAAUUAAAAAAAAUAUCUGUAUACAUAUUCAAUAUAAUUAAAAGAAUAAAUGAAAAUUUAAUUAUUAUUAGAACAUCUUUCACGCAAUCAAUUAUGAAAUACAAACAUUUCGUUAUAGCACGUUAUCGAUACAUAUGAUAACUGUUACAUGAAUGAUUUAGUAAUUUUUUAAUUAUUAUUUAUUGUGUUAUGGUUUUUAUAUAUUAGUAAAUGUGACAAUGGCCUGCUACUUAACGAAACGAAUAACAAAAUUCAUUAUUUCGAAAUGGUGGAAUUCGAAAAAAUCAUCAAUGAUCAUAUUCCAAGAAUACAGUAAUAUCAACAAUGACAUAGGCAAUAAAACUAGUGGUACUAGUCCAUUAGAAGUGUUAAAGUCUAAAAUUGCUAAAGGAGAAUUAAUAGAAGAUGAAUAUCAAAUUAGAAUCGUCCAAAGUUUAGAAAGAGUAUAUAAUGAAUUAAAUAAGUAUGAACCUGCAAAAGCAUCAUUUUUCAGUAAAUUACUUGGAAAGAAGUCAAAUAAAAAAAAUACUCCUAAAGGACUGUAUCUUUAUGGAGCAGUGGGUGGUGGAAAAACAAUGUUAAUGGAUCUCUUCUAUAAUUGUUGUCAGAUUGAAAAUAAACAACGAGUUCAUUUUCAUUCAUUUAUGCUAGAUGUUCACAGUAAAAUUCAUGAAGUCAAAAAAAGUUUUAAAAGAGAUGAAAAAAAUACUAAACCUCAACCGUUUGAUCCAAUACCGCCUGUAGCUGAAAUGAUCACUGAAAAAGCAUGGUUGCUUUGUUUUGAUGAAUUUCAGGUGACUGAUGUCGCAGACGCAAUGAUUUUAAAAAGAUUAUUUACUCAAUUAUUCAAUAAUGGAGUUAUCGUAAUUGCAACAAGCAAUCGGCCACCAGAUGAUUUGUACAAAAAUGGUCUCCAAAGAAGUAAUUUCGUACCAUUUAUUCAAGUAUUAAAGGAUCAUUGUGAGAUAAAUUCCUUAGAUUCUGGAAUUGACUACAGAAUGAAAAUAGGAGGUGGUAAAGAUAAAACGUACUUCAUCAAGGACCAAGAUCCUAGUGAUGCUGUUGAUACAAUAUUCAAGUAUUUGUGUUCUAUGGAAAAUGAUAUUAUAAAGCCAAGAACACUUACUAUCAAAGGACGUAAUGUUACUUUUAAGAAAACUUGUGGGCGAGUCAUUGAUUCUUCUUUUGAAGAAUUAUGUGAUAGAGCACUUGGAGCAAGUGAUUACAUAGAAAUAUCACAAGCGUUUCAUACAGUCAUAAUUCGCGAUGUGCCUCAACUUAAUUUACGACUUAAAUCACAAGCUAGGAGAUUUAUUACCCUCAUUGAUACUCUCUACGAUAAUAAGGUAAGAGUUGUAAUAUCUGCUACGGCUCCACAUACCAAACUAUUUGUACCUGAAGGAGAUGCAGAGUACACUGAUGAAAAGCGAAUGUUGAUGGAUGAUUUAGCUAUUUCACAUGGUUCUGAUAAUCACAAAUCAAACAUUUUCACCGGUGAAGAAGAACUCUUUGCUUUUGAUCGUACGGUAUCCCGUUUGUCUGAAAUGCAAACAAAAGAGUAUUGGGAUCAAUGGGAACACUAGAUACUAUAUUAAUUAAAUUACGUCGAUAUCUGUUUUUAGUAAAAAAAUUUAAAACAAUUU